UUAUUAUUGGUGGUGUUAUUAAUUUCUGAAACUAAAAAUUCAGAGAACUGUGUUUCUAUUGUGCGCGUGAAAGAGAGAGAGAGAAGAAUCAGAUUAGCCUCUUUGAAUUUUCAAUCACAAUCACAAUACUCAAAAUCUAGGUUUUUUUUUUUCGUUCUUCCUCAGGGAUCUGAGGAUAUGCAACCCAAGUCUGAAACCGCAAAUCAACUGAGAUCAGAUCCUCAUUCAUUUCAGCCCAGUGGUGUUUAUUCUGAACCUUGGUGGCGUGGUGUUGGAUACAAUCCUGUGGCGCAAUCGAAAUCGAUGUCUGGUGCCAAUUCCUCAUCUCUUGAUUGCCCCAAUGGUGAUUCAGAAUCUAAUGAGGAAGGUCAGUCUAUGUCCAAUAGUGGGAUGAAUGAGGAAGAUGAUGAUGCCGCUAAGGAUUCACAGCCUGCUGCUCCUAAUCAGUCAGGAAAUUAUGGGCAAGACCAACAAGGAAUGCAGAACGCUGCAUCAUCUGCACUUACUAUUCGUGAAGAAUGCCUCACACACACUCCUCAGCUGGAACUUGUUGGUCAUUCAAUUGCAUGUGCUACAAAUCCUUAUCAGGAUCCAUAUUACGGGGGCAUGAUGGCAGCUUAUGGUCACCAGCCAUUGGGAUAUCCUCCUUUUAUAGGAAUGCCUCAUGCCAGAAUGCCUUUGCCCCUUGAGAUGGCUCAAGAACCUGUUUAUGUGAAUGCCAAACAAUACCAGGGAAUUCUGAGGCGAAGACAAGCUCGUGCUAAAGCAGAGCUUGAAAGGAAGCUCAUAAAAUCUAGAAAGCCAUAUCUUCAUGAAUCUAGACAUCAGCAUGCUAUGAGAAGGGCAAGAGGCACCGGAGGACGAUUUGCAAAAAAAACUGAUGGGGAGGGCUCAAACUCAGGAAAGGAUAAUGGCUCUGGUCCAGUCCUGUCAUCACAGUCAAUUAGUUCAUCUGGUUCAGAACCUUUGCCUUCGGACUCUGCCGAAACCUGGAACUCUCCCAACAUGCGACAAGAUGCAAGAGCAUCAAAUGAAAAUGGUGGUGGCUCCUAUCAUAGUAACAACAAUGGUAUGCAAUCUUCAAGGUAUCAGGGUGAAAGAGUGGAUGAUGGUGGGGACUGUUCAGGGCAGCUGCGUGGAAGCAUGUCCUCAAACGAGGCAUCUCAGAGGCGACUUGCAAUUCAGUAGACCCCCUCCUGCAUGGGGGGAUAGAUGCUGAGAGUUUUAGUGGGUAGAGAGUCAACUCCAGCUGAUAUGGAUGGAUCGUCAGGUCAGAAGACUGUGGAGAAAACAAACUCUUUUGAUGUACCAAACUAUCUUGUUUCAUGGGUUUGUUUUGUGUACCUUAACCGGUUGGUUGUUAAUGUUAACAUGGAACAUCAUUAUAAGAGAAUCAAACAUGCAUCUAGUUCUAGUCA